AGAUCCAGGAAACUAGGAAAGUGUAGCUCGGACUACAACCACUUAGAGAAGCCAACGUUAAAUUCGGGAGGAUCCAGCUCCAGGACCCGUGAGCUCUUUUUGGGGAAUGGGACGGGACUUCUGGCACACCCGGCCUCCAGACGCGAGGGGGCGCUGUGAGCUCAGGUGGGCUCUUGGACGCUGGGUGUUUACUGCGCAAGCGCACGCAGGGCUUUUUUUUUUUUUUUUUUUCUCCUCCAUACCCACGUGGGAAACUUUACGGCCCGGUUUUCGCAAAAAAUGCCCAAGUUCAAGGCGGCCCGUGGGGCCGGGGGUCAGGAAAAGCAUGCGCCGCUGGCCGAGCAGAUCCUGGCUGGGGAGGCGGUGCGGGCAGGAGCCCGAGAAAAACGGCGGGGUCGCGGAACCGGAGACGAAGAGGAAGAGUACGUCGGGCCCCGGCUGACCCGACGGAUUUUGCAGCAAGCGCGGCAGCAGCAAGAGGAGCUCGAGGCUGAGCAUGGGAGCGGGGACAGGCCCGCGCCGCCGCGGGAGCGCACCACGCGGCUGGGUCCAGGAGUGCCGCAGGAUGGAUCAGAUGACGAAGAGUGGCCCACCCUGGAGAAGGCUGCCACGAUGGCAGGGCCGGGCUACCAGGCAGAGGUGGUCGUGGACCCCGAGGAUGAGCGUGCCAUUGAGAUGUUCAUGAAUAAGAACCCUCCUGCCAGGCGCACCCUGGCUGACAUCAUCAUGGAGAAGUUAACUGAGAAGCAGACGGAAGUCGAAACGGUCAUGUCCGAGGUGUCAGGCUUCCCUGUGCCCCAGCUGGACCCCCGCGUCCUAGAGGUCUACAGAGGGGUUCGGGAGGUGUUGUCUAAGUACCGCAGUGGGAAACUGCCCAAGGCCUUUAAGAUCAUCCCUGCACUCUCCAACUGGGAGCAGAUCCUCUACAUCACAGAGCCUGAGGCCUGGACCGCUGCUGCCAUGUACCAGGCCACGAGGAUUUUCGCCUCUAACCUAAAGGAACGGAUGGCCCAGCGCUUCUACAACCUGGUUCUGCUCCCCCGGGUACGAGAUGACAUUGCUGAGUACAAACGACUCAACUUCCACCUCUACAUGGCCCUGAAGAAGGCCCUGUUCAAGCCUGGAGCCUGGUUUAAAGGCAUCCUGAUCCCGUUGUGCGAGUCGGGCACCUGUACCCUCCGGGAAGCCAUCAUCGUGGGCAGCAUCAUCACCAAGUGCUCCAUCCCCGUGCUGCACUCCAGUGCGGCCAUGCUGAAAAUCGCCGAGAUGGAGUACAGCGGGGCCAACAGCAUCUUCCUGCGGCUGCUGCUGGACAAGAAGUACGCGCUGCCCUACCGAGUGCUGGACGCCCUGGUCUUCCACUUCCUGGGCUUCCGGACGGAGAAGCGGGAGCUGCCCGUGCUGUGGCACCAGUGCCUCCUGACCCUGGUCCAGCGCUACAAGGCCGACCUGGCCGCGGAGCAGAAGGAGGCCCUACUGGAACUGCUCCGGCUGCAGCCCCACCCGCAGCUGUCCCCGGAGAUCAGGCGUGAGUUGCAGAGUGCCGUCCCCCGAGAUGUUGAAGAUGUUCCCGUCACCAUGGAGUGAGGACACAGCGCUUGUCCGGGUCUGCGGAGCGUGGAAGGACUCCAGGAUCCCUGCUGGUGACUGGAGGUGACUCCGAGCCUUGACAGCUGAAGACCCGGAUCAGGGCCAAGACAGGUCGCGGGCCUCUGACUCCCCAGUUCUCGACAGGGGGCCCUGAGGAGGGCUGGUUCCCUCUUGCGUACUAGGCCUGCAUCCCUGCUCAGUUCUGGGACCUGACUUGAGGUCCCACAGCCAGCAAUCCCAGGUCCCAGCGAGGGUCGGAAUGGGUCCUUCCUCUCCAGCUAUUGUGGCAGGUCGCUGGGAGGUGGAUAAAGACAAAAGGCAGGUGUUUAUUGAAGUUCAGUGUUUUGAUGUGAUGGAUGGAGAUCUUUGCUUUCCUUGUUUCGCUGGAGGUGGGCACUGCUUCCCUCUCAUGCAUAGCAGUGGAUUCUUACCUAUUUACACGGGAGCCACACACCUCCCCCACCUUAUUCUACGAGUCUUCUCUAGGCUCUACCCACCCUGCCAGCCUCUAGAGGGCACAGUCUUUGCCUUCCCCUGACACAAGCUACUUGGGGAGAAUGCCAGCAACCAGGAGGUUGUUCAAACACGAGAAGGUCUCAGAUUGGUUGGAAGAGCUAGAAGAAAGCACCUAGAGGGAGGUGGAAAUUCAGGAUGAGAAAGGUCAGACCCUGGGUCACCACCAGACCAGCUCCCUUUCUAACUUUCUUAGCCAGUGAAAGCUUUUAACCAGGGGUUGGCAAACCAGGGUUGUGUAUGCCUGUUUUCUUAUAGUCCAUGAGAGAAAAGUGAUUUUUACAUCUUAAAUGGUUGUCGGGGGAGGCAGAGAAGAAACAACAGUAUUUUGUGAUAGGGGAAGAUUAUUUGAAAUUUAAAUUUCAGUGUCCCUAAAUAAAGUUUUAUUGGGACACAGCCACACCCAUCCACUUCCAUGUUCUCUGCUUUCAUUGCCACUGCAGCAGAGACCAGGGCCGUCUGGCUAGAACCCUGUUACUUGCUUUUGCAAAUGAGUUUGUUCCAACCUAAUUACUCUAUUUGGUCAUAAAGCAAAUUUGAUUCAUAUGCAAUUUUGUCUUGAGAUGCUAGAUGAAAGCAAAAAACUACCCCCACUGAGCCAAGCCAGAUGAUACACAAAAUGCACAUCCCUCAGACCUGUGCCAAUGCCCCCAGCUCACCUUGUGGGUUGGCACCACACCCUCAUCUGGUGGCACAACCUGCCUUCCACAUCCUUCCGACCUCCGCUUCCACAGCCAACUUCAGGUGUUUGUUUUUCAAGAUAAAGGGCCAUAUUUAUUGCA